UUUACGACGUUGGGUCUCAGAGUCGUCCUGGGCUCCGGGUCCACUUUUCGGCAAAGUGACGUGGACGUCAACAGCAAUGGCGGAAGGAGAAGAGGUCCUGCCACUGCCAACGUCAAGCGGCGGCGGCUGGGAAAAAGAUCUUGAAGAAGCUUUGGAAGCAGGAGGUUGUGAUCUUGAAACUUUGAGAAAUAUAAUUCAAGGGAGACCACUGCCUGCUGAUCUGAGGGCCAAAGUUUGGAAGAUUGCUCUGAAUGUUUCAGGAAAAGGCGAUAGUUUGGCAUCAUGGGAUGGUAUUUUGGACCUUCCAGAACAGAACAGUAUUCACAAGGAUUGCCUACAGUUUAUUGACCAGCUUUCAGUGCCAGAGGAGAAGGCAGCAGAAUUACUUUUGGAUAUUGAAUCUGUAAUUACCUUUUAUUGUAAAUCACGUAACAUUAAAUAUAGCACAUCCCUUAGCUGGAUACAUCUACUCAAACCAUUGGUGCAUCUUCAACUGCCACGCAGUGAUUUAUACAACUGCUUUUAUGCUAUCAUGAAUAAGUACAUUCCCAGGGAUUGUUCCCUGAAGGGAAGACCAUUUCAUCUCUUCCGAUUACUCAUCCAAUACCAUGAGCCCGAACUUUGUUCUUUACUUGAUACCAAGAAAAUUACUCCAGACUCCUAUGCACUCAACUGGCUUGGAAGCCUUUUUGCGUGUUACUGUUCUAUCGAAGUCACUCAGGCAAUAUGGGAUGGAUAUCUUCAACAAGCAGAUCCAUUUUUUAUUUAUUUCUUAAUGUUAAUUAUACUUGUUAAUGCAAAAGAAGUUAUUUUAACACAAGAGGCAGACAGCAAAGAAGUUAUCCAGUUCUUGGAAAAUACUCCAUCCAGUCUGAAUUUAGAAGAUAUAGAAGACCUUUUCUCUCUGGCUCAGUAUUAUUGCAGUAAAACACCAGCUUCUUUUAGGAAGGAUAAUCACCAUCUCUUUGGUAGUACUUUGUUGGGAAUUAAGGAUGAUGAUGCAGAUCUGAGUCAGGCUCUUUGUCUCGCUGUCUCAGUGUCAGAGAUCCUCCAAGCAAAUCAGCUGCAAGGAGAAGGAGUCCGGUUCUUUGUGGUGGAUUGCCGUCCUGCAGAACAGUAUAAUGCUGGGCAUUUAUCAACUGCUUUCCACUUAGAUUCAGAUCUGAUGCUCCAGAAUCCAUCUGAGUUUGCACAGUCUGUAAAAUCUUUGCUGGAAGCACAGAAGCAGUCCAUUGAGUCCGGCUCCAUAGCUAGUGGGGAGCACCUCUGUUUUAUGGGUAGUGGCAGGGAGGAAGAAGACAUGUAUAUGAACAUGGUUCUGGCGCACUUUUUACAGAAAAACAAAGAAUAUGUGAGUAUUGCCAGUGGAGGAUUUAUGGCACUACAGCAGCACCUAGCAGACAUUAAUGUGGAUGGACCAGAAAAUGGAUAUGGCCAUUGGAUUGCUAGUACCUCAGGCUCAAGGAGCAGUAUCAAUUCUUCUGUUGAUGGUGAAUCUUCUAAUGGGUCAAAUGAUAGAGGAAUGAAGUCACUAGUAAAUAAAAUGACUGUGGCUUUGAAGACAAAAUCUGUUAAUGUCAGGGAAAAAGUUAUCAGUUUUAUUGAGAAUACAUCAACUCCUGUGGACCGAAUGUCUUUCAAUCUCCCUUGGCCAGACAGAUCAUGUACAGAGCGGCACGUGAGCAGCAGUGACAGAGUGGGCAAGCCUUACCGUGGCGUAAAGCCUGUUUUCAGCAUUGGGGAUGAAGAAGAGUAUGACACAGGUAUAGUAAUGCACCUUCAUCUGUUGAUCACUGCAACACAUAUGUACUGUUUAAGGGAGAUUCUUUCACGGAAAGGAUUGGCUUAUAUACAGUCUCGACAAGCACUAAAUUCUGUAGUUAAAAUCACGUCCAAAAAAAAACAUCCUGAGUUAAUUACCUUCAAGUAUGGAAACAGCAGUGCUUCAGGAAUAGAAAUCUUGGCAAUCGAAAGGUAUUUGAUUCCAAAUGCAGGGGAUGCAACCAAAGCCAUAAAACAACAGAUCAUGAAAGUUUUGGAUGCUUUGGAAAGUUAAUAUAAAAGAAAAUUAUUUAAAAAGAAAUUAAGGCAACCAAGAGAAACAUGGACAUAUAUUUCCUGAGUGAAUACUAACCGGAAGCCCUUCAUUUGCCCACAGGGGUGCUUAAAUAGCAAGUCUAAGAAAGUGUAAAUUAUUAUAAUCAAUCUCUGGGCAGUUAACCUUUCUUUAAAAUUUUUCUUUUGCAUUUUUGGUUUUAUAAAAUGAUUUCUAAUAAAGGUCAGUUAUUAAAUGACUUUAAAGUAACUGACCCUGUGCUGUGGUGGACUUAGGGUACAGAAUGCAGUUCUAUUUUGAAGAACUGUUUUAAGGGGACAUGAAUUAUUUUCAGGUUUAAAAACAACUGUACACAUAUAUAUUUGCAAUGUCUUCACUGAAAAUUAGAGAUAGAAUUAGUUGAAGAGAUUUCCUUAAUUGCUGCAUUUAGUUUUACCCACUGAGCAAUAUCACAAACUGAAAACAUACGUUAAUAAUCAGCUCACUGUUUCUGUUCUUAAAAAGAGUGAAAUGUUUUUAAUGAGAUGGAUGAAGAUUCCAGCCAACUCAAAAUACAAUCCAGCUAGUGAAAUGUUGAAACAUCAGUUUCUAAAUCGCCUUUGCUUCAUUAGCUAAUUAUUUGGACGCUAAGUGCUUCAGAGAUACUAAACUUCAUCCUAACAGUUUCUAAGGAGCAAUUAAAAGCAUUACAAUAAGUAGGUAGUCGUGUUAAGAUUAAAAUUAGCAUUUGGGGGACCGAAUUGUAUUUGUAAAAAUAUCAUUGGUCUUUAUUACAAGUGGAUUAUUUGACUUAGGAUAUCUCAGAACAAGUGUUGAGCACACAUUGAGUUAUCCUCAUUGAGAUUAUGGUCUCUGAUCACACUAAAUAUCCACUUUAAUAAAAGCCAGAUAAUCAGAGAGCUGUAUAAAUUACAAUUGUUUUUAUCAUCACUUUCUGAAAUUUCCUUCUUUUCUUUUGGUUUUUUCUUAUUAAAGUUCCAGUGUUUUGAAACUAUUUUUAUUUUGUUAAUGUGACAAAACUGAAAAGUGAUCUGCUUUAUUUUGCAGCUUUCUCAAUUUAAUUUAUUGUGGUUCAUAUAAGACACAUUUGGGGCUAUGGAAUGAUUUUUCAUACAGUGCGUUUGGGAAUAGCAAAUACUUACUUACAAUCUGUCAUGUCCUAAAAUAUAAUGGAUUAUCUUUAAGGGGUUGAUGGAGAAAUAUUCAUAUGUACCCUGUUAACAGCCAGUUAUUUUAAUUUACUUAAUGGAAAUCAAGUGGAUAAAAGGCAACAUAUGAGUAAUUCAAGAGACUUUAUUCUAAUGUCUAAUAAAAACAGUUUGAGUGGUUGGAGACAUUUGCAUGAAAUGGUACCUGGUGCAAUACUUGAUAUUUAUAACUCUCCCCUCAAACUGUUGUAUUGCAUUUUUUCCCUUUUCUUGGCACCUCCUUUAGAAAUAUCCUGAAGUCUCAUUUUUACCCAUUUCAACCAUGGGACUUUUUCAUAUUAGUGUAAAGAUGUUUGUGUUACUGUUUAUAAAUUACAAUUGUAAAUAAAACAGUACAGUUUGCUCAAAA